UAAUGAUUCUCCACUCCCUGAUUCUUGUUUCUGCGGUGUCUUUGGUCUCCUCACUGGACACUACAAAAACCAUGACGUCACAGCUACACGAGUUCCAAAUGAACAACUCGGCCGGUGUAAUGUCUGCAUUGGAAAUGUUACCAAAGGAAUGCUCCAAAAACGGCAAAAAAUACCAACCUAACGAGGAAUUUGAAAUUGGAAAUCUUCGAUACAAAUGCCAAAAAUACGGCGUUUACACAAUUGAAGGAUGCAAGAGAAAAGAUGGAACUACAAUGAAAUUGGGGGAAUCUGCGGUAGUGGACAACGUGAAGCAUCAGUGCCUUGGAAUGGGUUCAUCGGUUUUUUAUAAGGAAACUACAUGUGGAGUGAUGGGAAUGCCAGAAUGUGACAAAGUUCCAUUGCCAAAAGGAUUUGAAGCAGCAAUGAAGAAACACGGAGAGAAAAAUGAAGUUCCGGGAAAAACCAAUGUUGAUGGUGUGGACUUGCCAAAGGGAUGGUCAUUGGUUGAUGGUGGAAAAAAGCCAAUAACUGGAACAAAUGCAUCAGUUGUUACUCAUAUUCUGAUGUUCAAUCCAACACAACUCAGAGCAAAAAGAGGUGGAUUCAAGGGGGCGGGAGUUGGAAGUGUCAUUGGGGUUGAAAUGAUGCCAGCUGAUCAAAUAGGAAAACCACUUUCCUCGAAGGGAAAUUCUGCUCAUUCGUCAUCUUCCAUGUCGCCCUCUUCCUCAUCUUCCCCUUCUUCAUCUAAAAUAAUUGGAACUCAAACCGUCGGAGCAAGUCUUCAAACAAUCAAAAGCGGUGACAAACACGACACUGGCCUUGUCGACUUGAAUCAACGGAACGAUCAAAAAAUGAGUGGAUCUGAUAAAAUGAAGGCCGGAAGUGUACACGGAUCAAAGUCAAAUGUUGAUUGGAAGGGAAGAAAAGUGAUUGUGAAUGGAAAGACUAUUGGAGCAGGACCCGGAACUUUCACUUUUGGGAAUAAACCAACAGCUUAAGAAGAUAUUCGAGAAAAAUCAUUGAAAAUAUAUUCAGUUGUACUUUUUAUAAACUUGUCACAUAAAAUUACUGUUUCAGACAAGCCAAAUAAACGUUUUGUUU